AUGACCAUCACCAACGUCGCUCUCAUCGGCGGCACUGGCACGCUCGGCGCGCCCGUCCUCAACGCGCUAAAAUCCUCCGAGUUCGACAUCUUUGUGCUGAACCGCCAAACAUCUAAGUCCGUCUACCCGAAGACCAAAGUCAUCACAGUACCCGAUGAUUUGAAUGUCGAGGAGGUCGCCAAGGCGCUGCGAGAUAACAACAUUGACGCGCUAGUCAUCACCAUCGCUGGAAGCCAUGUCGAAUCGCAGAAGAAGCUCAUCGACGCUGCGUUCAAGGGCGGCGUGAAGCGCGUGAUGCCAGCGGAGUUUGGAAGCUGCGACUCCGCAGACGACAAGACGAACGAGAUUCUUCCGUUGAUGAAGGGGAAGAAGGACGUUCGGGACUACCUGCUCACGUUGGAAGGCAAGGAGCGCGAAGGUGGCAUGGGAAAACUUACAUGGACAAGUCUUGUCACAGGCCACUUCUUCGAUUGGGGAAUGACUUGCGGGCUAUUGAAGUUCGACGUCAAAGCCCGGAAAGCAUUCAUUCUCGACGGCGGCAACAUCAAGUUCUCUGCGUCGAACCUUGACUUCAUCGGCAAGGCUGUCAUCAAGAUCUUGGAGAAGCCAGAUGAGACAGCGAACCGACUUCUCUACGUUCACAGCCAUCAUGUUACGCAACUCGAGGUUCUUGCUGCCCUAGAGAAGGCGACAGGCGAGAAGUUUGAGAGGAUUGAUCAGAAUAGCCAGGAAGAGUUGGACGUUGUCAGACCGAAGAUGUUAAGUGGGGAUGGAGAAGCGAGAGAAGAAGUCGUUGCAGUAUGGGGGGUGGUUGCUGCGGAUUGGAAGGAGAAGGAAGGUUUCGCGAACAAAAUGCUUGGACUGCAAGAGGAAGAUCUCGACCAAGUCCCAGAUACAAAGACGUCUUUAACCACUACUCUUAACACCAACUUCAAAUCCUACUUCAUAUUCCCAUAUCCUUUUGCUGAAAUGCCUCUCUGGGUCUUCUACCAUGCACCCAACACUUUCACGGACCCGGCCACCAAGAAGGCCCUGGCAAAGGUUCUCACAGAUGGCUACGCCUCUGUCGGUCUUCCUAGAAGCUAUGUAGUUGUCCUCUUCCAACCCAUAGAACCCGACUCCUACUACAUCGGCGGCGUAGCUAGGCCGUCGCCAGAUGUGCCUGCCAACAAACCUGGACCCGAUAGCACCCGUCCGUUUAUCAGGAUUAAGAUUGAGCAUUUCGCUAGGCCUGACCCCUCGGAAAAAUCCAAGAAACGCUUCUUACGGUGGGCCGAUGAGACGCUGAAGCCUUUUAUUGCUGAUCAGGGUUACGAUUGGGAGUACAGUGUCGAAGAAGCCGACAGGAGUCAGUGGAAGAUCAAU